UCCUUCAGUGGCUGCAUUUCAUUUGGACGCUCACGCGCUGUAAGCGCUCACGCUUUUGAACGUUGCUUGCAAGCGUUUCGUUUGGUUUCGAGCGAUCACGUUGACGUUCAAAAGAAACUCAUAUCGAUAUACGUGAGCAUUUAAAAAAAAAGAUGGAGAAUGUGGAAAGUGUAGUCGUUCAAAGUUUAAUAUUAUUUGAUAUACUGUUCAACGAAGAUAAAGACGACGACUUGGAUGCAAAUGACAGCAAUAGUUACGAGAAAAACAUGGAUGAAUGUUUGAGUUUUCUUGUGCGACGAAUGACAAACAAACACUGUUCACGUUCCUUUAGGUGUUUAAGCGUUUGUGAGCACUCACGCUUUCGCUGCACUACCUCUACGAAAGAAGCGUUUAUAAGCGCUUAAGAGCACGAGUUAUGACGCCAUCAAUGACGUCAUGACGGCGUUUGUGAGGGCUCACAUCGCCAAAAGGAACAAAAUAAGCAACGCUUACAAGCGCGUGAGCGUGAAACGCAGCCAGUGCCUUCAGGCCCGAUUCCUGUGUUUCCUCCGUUUAUCUUUAAAAUGCAAGAAUUUGAUUGGCUAAUCGCGGACCGUCGAACCAAGUUUAAACAAUGAACUGUGGUAUGGUGGAUGGAGCCUCAGUAUCUUCGAAAUUAAAUUACAUAUCAAUUACAUAUGAAAAAUCAUUCAAGAUUCACAAUUGUAUCAGGUGUGGUCAUAGACAUGUAGAUUAUAAGUUUAAAGAUGAGUAACCGAGGAAAUUUUCAUAAUAAUCGACGCUAUUGGAAUAAUAAGAGGAAACGUAGUAUUUCUAAAGAAUCCGACAGUAAUACGAAUAAUGCUAAUAAAAAUAUACCUGGCAAUAAUGUACCACUGGCAGAAGAUUCUGCAAAUCCUGUAAAUCAUGAAGAAAAUGCCAUUACAUUUGACCUCGAAAGAAAUUCUGAGGUACCCUAUUGUGGUUGGCAGUUGUAUUUCCAUGCUGAAGAGUACAAGAAGAAUUCUUCAACUGUGAAGAAACUAGAAGCUAUAGAAGAUUUCCUUGAAAGACAUCAAAUAUUAAUAUCUCGUGAAAAUUUUGAAGCAGGAAUACCAUGUCAUAUUGAUAUUAACCUGUUGCUGAGUGACAUAAUAUUAUUAAAUAAUUGGGAAACUUUUGAUGGUGAUUUGCGAGAUAAUCCAAGACACACCUUGAAUUGCAUUGACUUAGCAAUACAUCAAAGAGUUGUUAAAAUAUUGCUGGACGAUACAACUAAUUCUGCAGAUAUCUUGGCAAACCUACCUAUGAUUCGAGCUACAAUAAUAAACUACAAACCAAUCAUUCCGUUAAGAUAUCUUAAAAUAAGUUCAUAUGGAAAACUGAUAUCAACUCGAGGCUGUGUAAUAAGAGUAGCUCGAUCUAAGCAUCUCGCACAAUGGAUUGUAUUUGUAUGUUCAAAAUGUGGUUUACAAAAAGUAAUAAAGCAGCCAGAUGGAAUUUAUACGGUACCAAGAAGAUGUAAUAUAUGUGGUGUUACAAAAUACAAACCAGUUCUUGAUUCACCACAUACAAAAACUGUACUUUUCCAAAUGAUUAGAGUACAAGAGCAUUUCGAUGAUGAGCAGAAUGACAGAGGAAUGAUGCCUCGUAUGCUCGAUGUGGAACUUACAGAUCAUUUAGUGGAUUCGUGUAUGCCAGGAGACGAUGUUAGUCUGACUGGAAUAAUCAAGAUGUCAGGCACCAAUGAUGGCAAAACUAAAGGAAAUACUUCCAACGCCCUCCCUUUAUACAUGGAAGCAGUGGCGGUAAUAAAUAAGAAGUACAAAGUACAAAACAAACAUACAAGUGGCAUAGAAAUGAAUUUAACGGAUUAUUAUGCAAUUAAGGAAGUACAUGCCGAACCUAAUUUAUUUAAAUUAUUAGUUCAUUCAUUGUGCCCUGAUAUUUAUGGUCAUGAAAUCAUUAAAGCAGGGUUAAUCUUAAGCUUAUUCGGUGGCAGUGGUAAUCAUGCAGAAGUGCGAGAUGAUAUUCACGUAUUAGUUGUUGGUGAUCCCGGUCUUGGAAAAUCACAAAUGUUACAAGCUUGCGCUCGUGUUGCACCAAAGGGUGUUUACAUAUGUGGAAAUUCGAGUACAUCUUCUGGAUUAACAGUAACUCUCACAAAAGAAAAUGGGACAAAUGAUUUUGCUCUUGAACCCGGUGCUUUAGUUUUGGCUGACAAAGGAUGUUGUUGCAUCGAUGAAUUUGAUAAAAUGUCUACUCAGCAUCAGGCUUUACUUGAAGCUAUGGAACAACAAAGUGUGAGUGUUGCCAAAUCUGGUAUUAUAUGUUCUCUUCCAGCAAGAACAUCAAUUUUGGCAGCAGCCAAUCCUAUCGGUGGUCGCUAUGACAGGUCCAAGACAGUUAUUCAAAAUUUAAAUAUGAGCGAACCACUUCUUUCGCGAUUUGACUUGGUAUUCAUACUGCUAGAUCGUCCUAAUCAGGUAUUAGACAAGUUUUUAUGCGAACACGUAAUGUCAUUACACGCGGGAUUGAGAGCGAAUAGAAAUCAGAAUAAUUCUUUUCGUAAUUCAAAUAGCCAACCGUCGACGAGCCAGCAUUUUACUUUAAGGGAGAAGUUAAGCGUUUCAAAUGGUGAAACUAUUGAUAAUAUACCCCAAUCAAUUUUAAGAAAAUAUAUUUCAUACGCGCGGCAGUAUGUCAGACCAAAAUUGUCAUCAGCUGCUGCUGAAGUAAUAAAGACUUUUUAUUUUGAACUUCGUAAGAAAAGUCAAGUUCUUGGAAGCAUACAGGUUUUUCAUAGGCAAUUAGAAGCUCUCAUCAGGCUAACUGAGGCUAGAGCAAAGUUGGAACUGCGUACGGAAGCUACAGAAACGGAUGCUUUAGAAGUUGUUGAAGUAUUAAAAGCAACAUUAGUAGAUGUUUCUGAUGAAAACACAUUCUCUUGCUUACCUUCUACUACUUCUGGUAAAAUUACAAAGAAUAAGGUGCAAGCUUUUAUCAGUUUAUUGCGGAACGAAUCGGAACUAAACAAAAAAAGUAUUUUCUCUGCCACGGAAUUAAAAGAAAUCUCAAAGAACGGUGGUAUAACGAUAGACGACUUUACUGGCUUUAUAUCAAAAUUAAAUGAAGAAGGUUUCCUCUUAAAAAAAGGAAUAAAUAUGUAUAAGUUAAUAUGCAAUUGAGUCAUUCGUUUACUAUUACUAUAAUAAGUAAGUUUAUAUUUUUAUAAAAUAAUUAAAAUG